AUGAACAAUAAUUAAGUAUUUGAUGAAUUAGAAGAGUUUGUCAAAUAACAAAAAUUGAAUGACAAUUUAAGAAUAGAGGCCAAAGUUGGUACAAUCAUAGCUAAAACUGAUGAGGCACUAAUAGAUUUACAACACUUUUAAGAUUAAUUCAUAAAUGUGGAAAGUAAAAUAGAAAAAAAAAAUUAUCGAUUUGAAUCUGCAAUUUCAAAAUUAGACUAUGAAAAGGCAUGCUAAAUGCUUAAAAGUGAAAAGAGAUGGGAAUUCACUAUUGAUAUUAUUUUUGCAUUGAGUUAUACUACCAAUUAUUCAUUUAGAAUGGGAUAUGACGAAAAAGGAAAAAUCUUUUGUAUAUUUUUUUUAAAUAUUUAGGUUAUGAGAGAAAAAAAGAACUAAAAUCAAAACAUUUAGAUAUAUUAGAUUAGAAAAGAUAAUAUAGAAUUACAUUAUCAUAAUAUGAUAUUAUAGACUAUAAUUAAACAGAAAUUUGUUUAGAGAAAAUUAGAGAAUAUUUAAGAGAAAAUACAUUAUAAAUCUCUUGUAUAAGAUAUAAAUAAACAAUGAUUUAUUAAUUUGAUGAUUAUUGUGAAAGUUUUGUUUUUUAAGUUUAAUAAAUUGAAAAAAGUAAAUAGGCAUUUUUGAUAGAGAUUGCAAAAGAGAUCACAAAUAAGAAUAAUACUUUUAAAAAGAAUUUAGAUAAUGCUAUGGAAUUAUUAUAAUAACACAGUAUAUAUAUGUUUGAAUUUAGAGAAUUAUUAUAAACCAUUUUAUGAAGCUGAAAUUUCUAUCAAAUAAUAUAAAGUUGCAUAAUCCACUUAAAACCUUGUUGAGAAAUAUGUUAAGAAAAUAUAAUAAUUUCAUGAUGAUGUACGUGCUUAAAAUCCUUAACCAACCUAAGCAGGUGUAAGAGAUGCACAAUUCUAAAAAAAAUAUGUUAAAUAGGAUUAAAAAUAAAGAAAUUAUAAUCCUUAAAAAGGAACUUAAAUAAAAACAAGAGGAUAAAACUAAUAAUAAAGAUAGGAUAGAAAUUAUUAAGAAAAUUAAACUCUUGAUUAUAAUAAUUCUAAUUAUUUGGAUGAAGAUACAAAUAAGAUUGAGAAUUGGUAAUAAAAUUAACCGUAAUAAAUUAAAAAAUAUGAUAAUAACUCAAAAACUAUGUAUAAUUAAAGAGGAAGAGGAAGAGGAAGAGGUCGUGGGAAUAUAUCAGGAUAUGGAAAAGAAAGAGAAGAAUGGUCAAAUAGUGAUGAUGAAUAAUUUUAAAGUAGAUAAGAGGAUUAUUAUUGAU